GUAUAUUUAAUAAUCAAUUGAUAAUGCAAGUAUAAAUAAAGAGGAGUAUUUAACAAUCCUUACUUACUCCGUUACUCCGAGUGUUUAUUUAUAGAAAACCAAGCAUGUGACUAAAUUCUAUUAUUGCCUUGUUCACACCAUAAUAUUACAUUACAAAAACCAAAAAACAUACAUACAGCUAUAAAUUCAUUUCACAAGUUGGGAAAUUUCCAAAUAUCAUUUCACAAUCAUCAACUUGCAACGUUGAAUUUGGACAAAAACUUGGACCGACUCCCAUCCUCCUGUCCAAUCCUAAUUCGGUUCCAAAUACAAAAAAGAAAAACCCAGACCCAGCUUCCAGCAAGAAUGAGAAGCUAGCUAACAGCAUACACGUACACACUAGCUAUCAAUAAUGGCUAACAGCAAGCUCGUAUCUUCCCAAACUUAUUCGGGCACAUUCCCGAGCCCGGAUACGCCCUCGGGUGGGGAGGAAGACGGUCCGGGUAUCCGGAUUCCGAAAGGGUGGAGCUCCGAGCGGGUUCCCCGCUCCAGUUACCGUAACCAUAGUAGUAAGUAUGUAGCAUCGGCGGCUUUGAUGCCGUUUAGUAGUGGGAGGACGUUACCGUCAAAAUGGGAGGAUGCAGAGAGGUGGAUUUGUAGUCCGGGUAGUUCGGGUAAUAAUCAUUGUUAUUAUGGGUCUGGGUUUGGGUCCGGGUUUGGGUCCGGGUCUGGAGCUGGUCCUAGGACAGCUUCCCAACUUGCGAAAUAUCAAAGACGGGCUAAAUCUAAGAGUGGCCCGUUAAGCCCGCUUGGGCCAGUUUUCUACGGCGGUGUGUAUAAUAGCUUCUCCCCUGUGUUGGGAGUAGGAGUUAUUAAUGGUGGGAGAUGGAGAAAUUCGCUUAUGAUUGAGUCAUCGGGCUUGGCCUCGUCCCGAUUCGAAGAAAGAUUGCCCAUUGAAGGUGGAGGUGUGAGUGAAGAAGGUAGAAGAUCUUGCCCUGGGCAUACCACUCAUUGGUUAGACUCGUGGAGCGGGCCGGCUAGUCCUACCCAAGGCGAAGCGAGCUUGACUAACGAGAACAAUGAGGCUAUGAGUAAUAACCUUGAACAAGAAAAUUGCAAGGGUGAACCCAGAGCUAUAUCAAGGAGGGAUAUGGCUACUGAAAUGUUUCCAUCCAGUCAGAGUAGUGGUACUUGUUCGAGUCCUAAAUCAUCUGUAUCAAAUACAUCUCCUCGUCCACUACUAGUCCUCCGUAAUGAGUCUAGAAGGGAUAUCCAAACUCCAGAAUUUGAAGUCAGGGAUGUUCAAGUUGAUAAACAAUCAAGUACGGCUUCAAGAUCGUCUCACCAAAACGAACAUGUUGUUAGAAACAAUUAUUCUAAUUCGACUACUGGAAUUCAACCGGACAUCAAAAUAUCCAAAAAAGAAGCUAGGAUUAAUGCAUGGGAGAACCUACAGAAAGCUAAAGCUGAAGCAGCUAUUCAAAAACUUGAGGAGAAGCUGGAAAAGAAAAGAGCGUUAUCAAUGGAUAAAAUCAUACGGAAUUUACGGAGGGCUGAAAUUAAAGCAGGAAAAAUGAGAAACUCGUUACCGGGCGAAGGUGAUCGGGUUCAAAGUCGGGCUAAUUCGGAAACAACUUCUAAACUCCCUUCAUUUUGUAAAAAGAUCCGACUUAAAUCAUCAACCAAAAGUUGUGUUACAUGCUAUCCAUUCUAUAGUUUAUAGAAAAUAAUGGAUGUUAUCAUUUCAAUAGAUGAAUAGAUCCAUUAAAUGUACUCCGGAAACGGGCUUUAAUUUUGUACCAA